AUGCCGUUCUCCCAUCAUUCCCACUCUGGCCAGUUCUGUGCCGAUCACGCACGAGACUCCCUCGAAGAGGUGAUCCAGACGGCCAUAUCCAAGAACAUGUCCGUCUUUGCCCUGACCGAGCACAUGCCCCGACACGAACAAGACCGGUACCCGGGAGAGACAAACACCCUGGAGAUGCACUUCGCCAACGAAGCGGCAUACAUCGCAGAGGCUCUCCGGUUGCGCCAAAAGUACAAGGAUAGGAUAGGGCUGCCCUUAGGGUUUGAAGGCGAAUGGAUCCGACCCGAGUCCGAGGAGUUGAUCAAGAAGAGUCUGGACAAGCACCCCUAUGACUUCUUCGUCGGAUCGGUCCACCAUGUCCAUAUGAUCCCAAUCGACUACGACGGCUCCAUGUAUCGCGACGCCCGACUAAAGGCCGGUGGAACGGAUGAGAGGCUCUUUGAAGAUUACUUUGACGCCCAAUUUGACAUGUUGGACGCCCUCAGACCUCCUGUGGUUGGGCACUUUGAUCUCAUCCGGCUCAAGAGUGAUAAUCCGAACCAGAGUUUCAAGGACAUGAUGGGUGUAUGGACACGGAUAUCAAGGAACCUGGACUGUAUCGCCGGGUACGGUGGAAUCCUCGAGAUAAACUCGUCGGCGUUGAGGAAGGGCCUGAACGAGCCGUACCCCAAGGCCGAGAUUUGCCAGGCUGCGCUGGAGAGAGGCAUCCGCUUUUGCUUAUCCGAUGACAGUCACGGCGUAGACCAGGUCGCUCAUAGCUAUGCACGUGUCCUGGCCUUCUUGGAAAAGGUCGGCAUCAGUUCCGUAGCGUUUCUGAGCCACCGGGAUCUCGGUACGGGACAAGGCCAGAUACACGACGGCGAUCGCUUUCAGACCCUGCAUACUGAGCAGAUGGGGCUGAAAGAGCUUAAGGAACACAAGUUUUGGGCGUAA